CCCAGGAAGAGAGAAAAAAUGGUUGCUGAUGUUGAGGAAUGAUGAAAAAUCAGUCUCGAGGUCAAGAUUAAAACUCAUUGGAAUGGACUCACGUUUUCUUACGUUAAUGCUUUCCUGUGGUGCAUUGCUAGCAUUGCCAAUGAAAGCAGAUACACAGACAUGAUUUGGAACGCAGAAAACAGUUUACUUCAAGUUCAAUGAUAUGACCAUCUACAUGGCUUACAUCCAAAACAAACAUUACACUAUGGAACACUACAUUUUGUCACUCCCAUUUUGCUGUGGGAAAAUGUACUGACUCCAAAUGUCUAACACAGUGACAGUCAUUAGUUGAGAACCAGAUCAAAUCCAUUUUCACAAUACCAAAGUGUGGUUCAGUUAGUCCUCCAUCAAAAUGUUUUCUGCACUGAAGAAGUUGGUUGGCUCCGAGCCUGUGCCACCUAAAGACAAGAACAUCCCUGCAGGUCUUCAGUCAAUGAACCAAAGCUUACAAAGGCGCUUUGCAAAGGGUGUUCAAUACAACAUGAAAAUUGUUAUUCGUGGAGACCGAAACACAGGGAAGAGCACCUUGUGGCAACGACUUCAGGGACAGAAGUUUGUAGAGGAGUACAUUCCUACUCAGGAGAUCCAGGUCACUAGCAUCCACUGGAGUUACAAAACAACUGAUGAUGUGGUCAAGGUGGAAGUGUGGGAUGUGGUGGAUAAAGGCCAAAAAUAUCCUCUUCCUGAAGGUGUAGGAAAAGGAAAAAAGAAAGGUGAUAACCUGAAAUUAGAGAACGAACCUCAAGAGCAAUCGGACAAAGAAGUGGCUUUGGACGCAGAAUUUCUGGAUGUUUACAAGAACUGCAAUGGUGUGAUCAUGAUGUUUGACAUCACCAAACAAUGGACGUACAACUACAUUUUACGAGAGCUACCGAAGGUGCCUCACCACGUGCCGGUGUGCGUCCUCGGCAACCACCGUGACAUGGGUGAACACCGCAUCGUUCUGCCGGACGACAUCCGCAAUUUCAUUGCGGACCUCAACAGGCCACUAGGCUCAUCUUACAUCCACUACGCUGAAUCCUCCAUGAAGAAUGGAUUUGGCCUCAAAUACCUACACAGAUUUUUCAACAUUCCUUUCUUACAACUACAGAGGGAGACUUUGCUGCGGCAGCUCGAGACCAAUCAGCUGGACAUUGACGCUACGCUGGAGGAGCUGUGCGUGCAGCAGGAGACCGAGGACCAGAACUACGAGAUCUUCCUGGAGGUGAUGGACUCUCGUGGUAAAGGGUACAGCUCCCCCGGCCGUGCCAAUGGACAGAGCCCGUCCUCAGGGUCCCAGUCCCCCGUCCCCCCGCCCAGCAGGGACUCCACGGACAGCUCCAGCCCCGGCACUCCGCAGCCCCCCAUCCCGGCCCAGGCGCAGCAGUCUCCGCCGACCUCCUCUCCGACCUCCUCGCCGCCCGAGCCCUCCAGCGCAGCGGCGUCGCCACCUCCUCCGGCCGACCUCCAGUCUCCCGAGCGCCCAGCGCCCGCCCCUUCCCCUUCCUCCUCCUCCUCCUCCGCACCAGCACCUGACGCGCCUGUGGCCGCGCCUCCCCAGAAGCGUGGCAUCAUAUCCCGGCUGUUUGGGUCGUCCCCCGCCCCGGAACCCCCUGCUGCCAAGCCAGAGCCUCCUGCUCCAGUGUGUCCAGAGAAGGUCCAGAAUGUGGAUGACUUUGUGCCAGACGAGGGGCUGGACCGGAGCUUCCUGGAGGAGAGCAUUCCACCCAAAGCCAGCGUGGCUCCCACACCCGUGGCUCCAGUGGACAGUGACAGUGAUGGAGAAGGAGGAAACCCAAUGGUGGCGGAGUUUCAGGAUGACCUCGACCUUGAUGACAAGGAGGCUUCACUCCCACCCCCAAUCGUUUCAAUCCCUAGCAAAGACCUCACAUUAUCUAGUGACGAGGACGAAUCGCAACCCAAAGUCACCGUGGCUCUGGAUGAGGACCUGGAACCAGAGCUCCAAAAUCCCCUAGAGGACUUGAGUUCGCUGAGUCUGCAGGGAGCUGAGAGCCAGAGCACAGCUCCGGAGGCGAUGCCUGCCCUCGCCGCCCUCACCACCCACGCUGAGCAGAUCAAGAUGGAUACUCAAGCCCCCGAGCCGGCCAUCCUCGUGCCAUCCUCUGCAGCAGCGCCGGCGCAGCCAGCCAAUCAGAGCAAGCGGAGGGUGGAGAAAGCGGCCUGCGCUCUGGGCGAGUCCUCGGACUCGGACGGGGACGCUCCUGUGGCCAAACAGAUGCUGUCCUACGUCAUGGAUGAUCCGGACUUUGAAAGCGAGGAGUCUGACACGCAGAAAGUAGUGAAGGAGUCAUUUCCUGUCAGGAAUGACCUCUCUGACCUUUCCGAUGAUGAUUUAAUUCCCUCUAAAAUGCUCGAGCCCAUGAAACCCACUCCGCUGUCUUUCAAAACCAAGAACGAGAAUGACCUCUUUGGUUUAGGAUUCGAGGAAAAAGUGACCAAAACCAAAGACAGCAGUGAUGAGCAAGAUGUGAAAGAAAAAAAGCAUUCCACCAAAGAGAAGAAGAAAAAGAAGAAGAAAAGCAAAGAGGAGGAGGAGAAAUCCAGCAAGAAGAAGCAGAAGCACAAGAAGAAAGAGAAAGACGAGGCCGGAACGGGAGACGAGAAGGACAAGAAGAAGAAAAAGUCUCGGCCCAAGAAAACUGGCGACUUGGACGACCUGGAGUCCUUCUUGGCAGGAGGCGAGGAGUCCGCGAAGAGAGAUGAGGGCGACUAUGAGGAGCUAUAGAAGCCCAUCCACUACGGUGAGAUGAUUAGGAGAUUGCACCACGUUUGGGACAUCCAAUCCACGUCGGAGAGGGAGGGGGGGGGACUCACAAACGGGUGACUGCUUCCCCCCUCCACCUUCAGAUCCGUGGCAGAGCACUGGUCUGUCUUGUAUAGUGGCUCUACCAAUGCCACUGAGCCACACGAAAGUGCAGAGGAGACUCCCAGCUCCCUACUCGGGUACAGAUUGCAAUAAGUACAGAUGCUACUGAAAGAUACUAUGUUUUAUCCUUGCUAACUAGCUUUUUUUAUAUACCAGAAACCGGAAUCGCUGAGUUUUCUAUGCUGGUACUCUUCCCACUUUAAGACACACCACUCCAACUCUAAGUUUGGUCUUGCUGUUGUAGGCUGCGCUGUAAUGCAUGCCUUUUUAAGUUGCUAAUGGAUAGCCUUCAUCAUUGUGUAUUUUUUUGUUUAGCUGUUAGUGUAGAUAUGCAUUUUGUAAGAAUGUAAGAGUUGUCCAAUUUUUUCCUGGCUAUGUGUAUAUUUGUUGUGAAGCGAUGAUAUGACUCCAUAUUGAUUUUCCCCCCUCUGACAUUAGAUGGUAAACUGUAGUAUGCAGCCUGUUUGAAUAAUGCCUUAAAGAAAAUCACAGCAAAAAAUGCAUGUUCAGGCUUUCUCCAUUUUGAAGUGGUCUUAUUGUAAUAUAUAUUAUCAUGUAAAGUUAAUGAAUUGUAAUUGUGUUAUAGCAGUAUUUCUCACGACACCUUGUGGUCUUAAGUCAGUCUGUUGAACAGCUUCAUGAAAUUUGGCGGCUUACAUUUUUCAGUGAAAACUGAUCCGAUUUGUUAAAUGCUAUUGUACUUACUGGCCAAUGGAAAUUAUGGGUAUAGUACAAUAAUUAGGCUACUGAAUUUACAUGCAGACUUUUAAAUUAUAAUUAGUGCAAAGACAAUAAAGCAAGAAUACAGUACAUUUGAAAA